AUGAUGAACGGUCGCGCUGUGCGGUCCGUACUCAUACGAGGUAAUCGAGGAGAAAACGGAUCCGUUGAACAUGUACCUCGAUCUGUACAAUUCGACGAAAGUUCGGAGGAAUACCGCUGUCUGUGUAACUGUUUUCACGUGAAAAUCGGUGCCUAUCUUAUUGGAGCUGUUCACAUAUUCAUGAUCCUGUUUUUCCUGAUUCAUUCGCUUCUCGUCUAUUUCCAGCAUGACGGCAGAUUGCAAGAUGCUCGAGGAGUCAAAGAAAAUUACGUUUUUGCAUCGUUUCUAUCCGAAAUGAUUGGCCUGGGACUCGGUUCAUUCGUCGUUUUCCUUCUCUUCAUUGGUCUUUCACGAAAUCAGGCAUUGCUGCUUGUUCCGCAUAUUGUUAUGCAGGUGAUUGCCAUAAUAUGCUUCGCGUUGGUGUUGGUCAGUGGAAUUAUAGCAAUAACGACCGACUCGGCCGUUUUCUACAGGCUCAUUAAUGCAGCCCCUUUUAUGGAACAUCCUGUUCACAACACUGUCGCUUUGGAUGCAGGAACUAUGGUACGUAUCUACUCGAUUCUCAUAGUCUAUGCUCUUUCCUUAUUCCUCGAAGUGUGGUUCGUCAUAGUGAUCUACAACUGCAAUCGAUAUCUGGAUGAACGAAGUACCUACAUGAAAUACUGCCUUGCUUUCAGUACUCCAAUGAAAACUUUGUCAACUAGGUGA